AAGAGAGAGAAUCGUCUCACUUCACUGAAAAAAAUCACAGUGGAACAGCUUGCGCAGGAGAGAGAGAGAGGGAGUGGGAGAGGGAGAAAUUGGCGCUUCUUUGUACCAACCUCGUUCUUAACCGACUCUUCCCGUGCUCGCCAGUCGCGAUCUUCUUCUCCAUCUCCAGAUUUGGGUUUUGAAGAAAGGUGGUUUCUUUCGCUCGAUUCUUCCUUCGGGUUCGAUUGAUCCCUUUUUAUUUCCCACCCCUCGAUUGGAAAUUCCCCCCGAUGUCAUUGCGAAGGCGGACCUUGCUCAAGGUCAUCGUUCUCGGCGACAGCGGGGUUGGCAAGACGUCGUUGAUGAACCAAUAUGUGCACAAGAAGUUCAGUCAGCAGUAUAAAGCUACAAUAGGUGCUGAUUUUGUUACCAAAGAACUCCAAAUUGAUGAUAAGCUGGUCACUCUGCAAAUAUGGGACACAGCCGGACAGGAAAGAUUUCAGAGCCUCGGGGUUGCAUUUUACAGAGGGGCAGACUGCUGCGUCUUAGUAUAUGAUGUGAAUGUGAUGAAAUCGUUUGACACUCUUGAUAACUGGCAUGAUGAGUUUUUGAAGCAGGCGAACCCAGCAGACCCCAGGAUUUUUCCUUUCAUAUUACUGGGAAAUAAGAUUGACAUAGAUGGUGGCAAUAGUCGUGUGGUUUCCGAGAAGAAAGCUAGGGAUUGGUGUGCCUCGAAAGGGAACAUACCUUACUUUGAGACAUCUGCUAAGGAGGACUACAAUGUUGAUGCCUCGUUUUUGUGUAUUGCUAAAGCUGCUCUUGCUAAUGAUCAUGAACAUGACAUAUAUUUCCAGGGCAUCCCUGAUGCUGUUUCAGACUCAGAGCAAAGAGGCGGAUGCGCAUGCUGAUCGAGAAUGACUUGAAAAGAGUAUUAUAAAUUUUCUGUGAUAGCAGAAUUCCUUCAUUUUUUGGGAUUCUGUUGAUACCUCCUGCCAUUCCACACCCUCGGCAACUAAUUUUCUCGACCAAGAUAUCCUGCAUUGGAUGCCCUAGCUUUUGAUUCCAAAAUGUGUAGAAUCUCGGCUGCUUGUUCUUUUUGGUUGCAAUCCGAAACAGUAUGUUUGAAUUUGGUGUAUUGGUUUAACCCUUUUUUGCCAGCGAGAUGCCUUUUGAUUCAAUGGGGAAUCAUUAUUGAAUUGUAUUCUAUGCUG